AUGGAUCCGAUUCGGAAGGUGGCGGAGUGCGAAGGGUCGACCUCCAGGGGGCUGCACAAGUGCCGGGAGUUGAGAGGGCCCGCAGAGCACUUUCCUCCGCAGAGCAAGCACUGCCCUCCGCCAAGGCGCGACAAUCCGAAUCUCCUUCCCGCCACCCGUGACGCAAAAGCGGUGCGACGUCGCUCGUCUGACGUUUCUACGCUGCCAGCGCCCGGCGGUGGGCGGGACCAGCUUUACAGAAAGUCGGCCUCGCCCGUUAGCCACAGUGUGGAACGUGGGCGGGGCCCACGGAACCGCGCCCCUUUCACGGCAGCCGAGGCUGUGGGCACGCCCGGCGGGAAUGCGGCUCUCCCGCCACUUAUUAAGUAUGGGCCGGGUCCGGCAGACCGCACCCCUCCUGCAGCUGCCUUGCGUGUGGAGUCGACACGGAUCUCUCGCCGCCAUGUUGGGUGUGGGCAAAGCCUUCGCCGAGCCUGGGACGGGCCCUCCGCUCUCGCCAUUGCGUCCCCGCUGAGGUCAAGACAGUUCAAAAAGCACAUUCUAACCUGGCUGACGUGGGAGCUAACAUCGGAAUGCAGUCCAUCCUCCUUUUCUGAGUGCUGCCUAUCAUGGAAAGAUGUACAACCUCAGAUAGUCCCAGAGGCACCCACCCUUUGCAAACCCCCAGUCCCUAUUGUCAGUAAUCUGAUCCCAGAGGUGCCUGGAGGCACCAGCCCUCAUUGCCUGUAACCUGUAAAGAUGAUUACCUUCCUACUUUCCCAUGCCUGUAAUUCUUUCUUACUUGCCCACAUAAUCUUUGUCCUUCUACCUAAUAUAAGCAGCUGGUUUAUGGGGAGGGGCAGAGCAGAUUUUUGUGGAUGACCUGCUGCUCUCCCAUACUGCCGGCAUUAUUGGAAUAAAUGCUCAUAUAUUACUCAACCCUGUCCCUGCUUAAGUAGUGACAGGCAGCCCAGACCCAUUGGUUGUCUUUGUGUGUGUGUUUUUAAAUGUAUUAUUUAUAGUCUUACAGUAAUAAUUCUUUGGCAGUAUGUAUCCUCCAGGUGCAUCCCAAUCUCCCUACAAAAUAAUUUUUUUAAUGUGAAAAUACUUUUUUUUUUCCAGUUACAGUUUAUAUUCAAUAUUGUUUUGUAUUAGUUUCAGGUAUACAGCAUAGUAGUUAGAUAAUUACAUACUUUAGAAAGGUGUUCCUCAUGAUAUUUCCAGUACCAAUCUGGCACCAUACACAGUUAUUACAAUACUAGAGGCCCAGUGCACAAAACUCAUGCACAGGUAGGGUCCCUAGCAGCUGCCAGCUGGGGCAUUCUUUCAGUCCACGCCGCCCCCUGGUGGUCAGUGCACGUCAUAGUGAGCGAUCGAACUCCUGAGGGGACACUUUGCAUAUUAGGCUUUUUAUAUAUAUAGAUUAGUGACUAUAUUUCUUAAGCUGUAUUUUACAUCCCCAUGACUGUUUUGUAACUACCAAUUUGUACUUCUUAAUCCCUUCACUUUUUUCACCCAGUCUCCCAAGCCCCUUCCCCUCUGGAAACCAUCAGUCUGUUCUCUGUAUCAAUAAAUCUGUUUCUGUUUUGUUUGUACUGUUCUUUAGAUUCCACAUAUAAGUACAAUAUGGUAUUUGUCUAUGACUAACUUAUUUCACUUAGCAUAAUACCCUCUAGAUCCAUCCAUGCUGUUGCAAAUGGUAAGCUUUCUUUUUUGUGGCUGAAUAAUAUUCCAUUGUAUAUAUGUACCACUACUUUUUUAUUUGUCUAAUGAUAGACACUUGAGUUGCUUCCAUAUCUUGGCUAUAGUAAAUAACACUGAACAUAGGGGUGCAUAUAUUCUUUUGAAUUACUGUUUUAGGUUUCUUCAUAUAUAUACCAAGAAGUGGAAUCUCUAGGUCAUAAGGCAGUUUCAUUUUUAAUUUUUUGAGGACCCUCCAUACUGUUUUCCAAUCUGCAUUCCCACCAACUGUGCACAAGGGUUCCCUUUUCUCUACAUCCUUGCCAACACUUGUUUGUUGAUCUGUGAAAUAAUUCUAAGUCAUUGGUCACAGGUGAAGCUAUAGGAUAGGUGGGGUCAAGAUGGCCCAGAGAGCUGUGUGUAUGUAUGUGUGUGAUUUUUUUUUUUACGGUGGCUGGCUGUCUAAAGUAUUUUUUACUAUAUGUUUAAUAAUCAGUGCUUUAAAAGCAGUGGUUUCCUACAAAGUGGAAAUUAAGGUCUAAGCCUGGAGUGUGAAGUGGAGGUCAUGCUGCGAUGUCACCGCCCGUGAGUGAAAUCUGGUCUGGGGAGCCCAGGGCAGCUCAUGGACACCCGGCUUGGUGGCAGGAGCCAGGCCGCCCUCAGGAGACAGGACCCACUGCGGCUGUGCGGCCUGCCUUUUCAUUUCAUUUCAUUUCAUUUCUAAUGGGAUACAGUACUUUUUAAAUAAGGAGCCAUAUUUUUAAGUUUGAGAAAUGAAUGUGAUUUCUAAUUGUAUCAAACAAUGUUUUAAAGCUAUAACAAAGUUUAAAAUUUCUACAUUUUGUUUUUAAUUUAUUGUAACUGUUCUUUUAUCUAUUAAGUUGUAUGUGGAUGGGGAAGUUCUGUUUCUCCUCUUAGCAUUUGUUUCUAUAACCAGAAAUAAAGUUAUAUAUUAAAGAAAU